AUGCAUAAUCCCCUUGGAUACCCUAGGGAGUCUCCUGGAAGUCCCCAAAAAUGUUUACUUACAUUUCAGAAAUAUAUAUUUGGCUCUAAUAUGGAUAUUCACAAACGUGUACAAUCUGCCUAUCCUUCUCGAAAACGACAACCAUCAUCCGUUAUUUUAGAUUCAAAUUUAGAAAAUUACAAACAUCGUUCUAUCACUAGUGGCGAUGGUUAUUCACAAACACUCAAUACAUUAAAUAGUCCUUACAAGACGCUAUUUGAUAAUGAUGCAUUUAAAACUUUAGAAUCUCCUUAUACAACAAGUCGUCGACCAAAAACUGGUAGUAUAACAUCGUCACGAACAAACACAAGUACUUUAGCAAAUCGUAAAUUACGCCUAGAUGAAAUAGAACAUUUACUUAGAAGUCUUGAUCGAGAUGAUUCAUAUAUCGUUCAAGUGGAAUGUUUAGCAAAUUAUCGGACACUAUGUCAAACGAUUAAUUUACGUAAAACUCCUCUAGAUAGUCAAUUAUUGUGUGCAUUACAAAAACGUGAAAAUAAAAUUGUUCAAUAUAAUGCAUGUCGCGAUACACGAUUUAUUUCAUUAAUUGAUUCUCUACAACCACCACAGACUAUCGUUAGCGAUGAAAUUCAAUCGACUGAAACCAGAACAUUAUCAAUUUCAACUUAA